AUGGAAGAGGAAAUCAAAGCAGAAUUCAACAAGAUCGGGUUCGCUCUAGACGAUGAAGAAGAAAUCCUCAAGAAAUGUAUUACUUUCUGUAUAAAUUACAAUCUGAAGCCAUCAGAACUUGUCUCAAGCUGGGAGGUUUACUAUCUUAAUAGGCAACUCGAUGGGUCGACAGUUCAAAAUGCUGAAAUGGAUGGGUUCUUGUUGCACUUGCAAAAUGAACAGAAAGACGCUGUUUUUAAAGAGGAACCCAAUUUGCAUAUCUAUUCAAGCAAAGAUGUGGACAUGAUAUUGAAUUACGGUGAAGAAGAUUUGAAAGAAGAAAUUCCUGGCACUCCAACGGACAAAUCACUAAAACUUUACUCGGAUCCAUUCGAUUCAACACCCAAAUCAUAUGGAAAUGGUUAUUCUUCUGGGAAACCAUCAAAACUUGUGACACCGUUUGGGCGACGUUCUGAUAAGUUUGAGGUCAAAUUCAACAUUGUUAACCUUUCGGUUGUGGAAAACAAUGACGAUGAGCAUGACAAUGGGAAUCUUGAGGAUGAGAUUAUUAAGAGGGCUCAACCUUGCAAGAGGUGUUCUUUGAUGGUCCAUGAAUUGGGACUAGAUCCUGGUUGCAGGUUCAUGUAUGACAGGAUUGAAGAUAGGUUCAAUGCACUUGAAAAUCGAAUUAGAAAGCAUGCAACAGCACUUUUUGCUUCUGGCCUGUAUGAGGAACCAAUGGACCCAACAGUCGCCUCACAGAGAAAUAUACUCGCUGUUGGAAUGAUCUGUUGUGAUGGAGAAGGUCGUUUAAAUGAGAAUUCCAUCAUGUUGCAAAGCAGUGUUCAGCAUUCUGGAGGCCGCAAUGUUCGUUUAGACUUGCAUAACUUGAACCAGUUCUCCAUUUUUCCAGGACAGAUUGUAGCUAUUGAAGGUCAAAAUCCUAGCGGACAUUGUUUGAUUGCAUCAAAAUUGGUGGACUCUGUUCCUUUAUCUGCCCCUGCUGCUGUGAAUCAGCAUCCUACAAAGAAGCAAGCUUUGGAUCAGGACGUUGAGUCAACUGAUUCUUCUUAUGUACAAAAAGAGAUAUCAGCUCUUAUUGCUUCGGGCCCUUUCACCACAACAGAUAAUUUAUUAUUUGAGCCUCUGACAGAGUUGUUAGCAUAUGCAGGCAGAAAGUUACCGCAAUUGCUUAUACUGAUGGGACCAUUCGUUGAUUCUGAACAUCCAGAGAUUAAGAAAGGGACUAUAGACGGGAGCUUUGAUGAGUUGUUUCGUCUGGAAAUACUGAGAAGGUUGCAAGACCAUGUGGAAUAUACUGGCACUUAUGUGCGUGUGAUUCUUGUUCCAUCUAUACAGGAUGCUCAGCAUGAUUAUGUUUUCCCGCAGCCUGCUUUUGAUAUUCAUUCCCCCAAUCUCAAAGAUCAGAUAGUCAGUCUCUCAAAUCCAGGAAUUUUUGAAGCAAAUCAGGUCAAAGUAGGAUGCUGCUCAGUGGACAUUCUAAAACAGAUAAGCAGAGAGGAGAUGUCACGAAAUCCUGCAGAUGGAACACCCAGUGAUCGAAUGAGUAGACUUGCAAACCAUAUUAUCAGUCAGCGUAGCUUUUAUCCUCUAUAUCCACCAGCUGAAGACAUUCCAUUGGAUUUUUCACUUGCUCCAGAAGCUCUUAACAUUACAUCAAUCCCAGAUAUUCUCAUCCUGCCUUCAGAUAUGAAGUACUUUAUAAAGGUGUUGUCCCUGGGUGAAGGGGAAGAGCAAAGGAAGUGCAUAUGCAUAAACCCAGGAAGACUGGCAAAGGGAGAGGGAGGUGGCACUUUUGCAGAGCUUAACUACCAGGGGAGUCCUGACAAGAUGAAUGCUUCAAUUAUAGUGGGUUCAGAAAACUCAUUGCAAUACAAGAUUUCCGCAUAUUAG